UAAAAUGGACUCUUCACCUGGUGGGCCCAGCCUCCGUCUCAUCCUGGGACCAUCAACGUUCAGCUGAAGAGAGAAGAACGUGGAACAAGUUUUCCUCUCCUCUACCUACCUCUGUAACAGCUCCUCGACAUCCCAGUUACAACCCCACCCCUGCCCCGAAACAAUGACUCUGAAUCUUAACAUUGAUGUUGUUUAUUUUUCCUGAUGUUACAGAAUUAAAAUCUAAACUGAGAGGUCGGUGUUUGUGUUAUUUUUUAGAGAAAUUCCUUAAAAUAGUUUUGCCUCAAAACUCCUGAAAUCUUCUGCCAGGGGAACAAAAACAGAUGUUUUUGCACCGAACCAACAUCUGGAGGAAAAACCCUCAUAGGCCAAUGUUAACGUAUCAGUUAAAACAGACACCUUAUCUUUAUUGUGACUUCACAUCUUCAGUUAAUCACACAAAAAGGCUGAUCAGACAACGACCGGUCCAAACCAACUGGGUUUUAGCUCCAAAUUUUCUCUGAUCAGGAACCUUUAGUUUGGUUUUGGGACUGAAGUCAGAUCCACCGUUUGUUCCUCUGAGAUGAACCAGCAGUCUAAUUGUCAGGAAGGUGAGUUUAACUAGUUAAAUUAGUUUACUUGAUGCUGUCAGCAGGAGUCAAAGUUUAAAGGGUUUUGUGUUUUGCUUGAAAGCUUUUUGCUUUCUUUGGGUAUUUUUAUGAUGAGCUGAAGAGAGCAUCAGGUUUUAUUUGGAUUGUGAGAAGAACCUGACGUCUGACCUCAUGAUCUAAUCAGCUGAAGUCGAUCAUCGCUGAUGCAGCAGCUUGUCUCAUCAGAUUCUGGAGACCCGAACCCAAGGGUUCAGGAUGACUCAGCAUCUUUUUAGCUAGACAGUGAAAACAUCUACGGGUUCGUUGCAAAGAGAAUAAAUUAACGUAUUGAAUGUUUUUUCUACUCGGAGAAAGUUUCUCUGGUUUUAUUAGUGAACAUGUUAGAGUUUUAGUUGUCUUUAGCAGAAGAAAAUAAGCCCUAAAUAUUUAGCUUUCUAAGACUUUUUGACCCUCGCGGACUCCCUUGCCUCCUGAUUAGUCACGUGACUGCAGAGACUUCCUGCUUGAUAAAAACAGAUGUUCGGAGCAGAAAGUCCACAUUUGGUGGUUCCGCUCAGAAACCGGAGGAGUUUCAGGUUCCGGUGAAGUUCGCUUGUUUUCGGAACCAUGAGGCUGGUGAUCCUGGACGACUACGAGCUGGCCAGCGAGUGGGCCGCUAAAUACAUCCGGAACCGGAUCAUCCAGUUCAGCCCGUCCGCAGACAGGUUCUUUACUCUGGGUUUACCGACAGGCAGCACUCCUUACGGAUGCUACCAGAAGCUGAUCGAGUUCCACAGGAGCGGAGAUCUGUCCUUCAAAUAUGUGAAAACCUUCAACAUGGAUGAAUAUGUAGGUCUGCCCCGCGCUCAUCCAGAGAGCUACCACUCCUACAUGUGGAACAACUUCUUCAAGCACAUUGACAUCGAUCCGGCCAACGCUCACAUCCUGGAUGGGAACGCCAAGGACCUGGAGGCUGAGUGUCAGGCGUACGAGGAGAAGAUCUCUGAGGCCGGAGGAAUCCAGCUGUUUGUUGGAGGAAUCGGACCAGAUGGCCACAUCGCGUUUAACGAGCCCGGCUCCAGCCUCGUCUCCAGAACCAGAGUGAAGACGCUGGCGAAGGACACCAUUGUGGCAAACGCUCGGUUCUUCGGUAAUGACCUUUCCAAGGUUCCCACCAUGGCUCUGACUGUGGGGGUGGGGACUGUCAUGGACGCCAAGGAGGUGCUGAUUCUCAUCACUGGAGCUCAUAAAGCCUUCGCCCUGAACAAGGCCAUCGAGGAGGGCGUGAACCACAUGUGGACCGUGUCUGCCUUCCAGCAGCACCCCCGCACCAUCUUCGUCUGCGAUGAAGACGCCACUCUGGAGCUCCGAGUCAAAACCGUCAAGUAUUUCAAAGGUUUGAUGCAUGUUCAUAAUAAACUGGUGGACCCGGUUCUCAGCAUGAAGAUCCAGUGAAACCAAAGUCCGACGAGGAGUUCUGGAGACUGCAGGAUUCAACUGGAAGUGGAUGAAUCCGAUUUUAGCCCAUUUGUUCUGAUCCAAAUUCGUCAUCUUGACUGAAUUUAUGACAGAUUAGUACAAAUUCCCGGUAAAAGGGAGUAUUUUUGUUUUGGUUACAACAUUCCUACCUGGGUUUCCUCCUGCUUUGUUACAUUUUUGACUCCUAAUGUGGGAUUUUGCACAUCCGUGUACUGUAGUCACUCUUUAUACUAGAAACAAAUAAAACUUUACUAAACUUUUUAA